AUGAAUCCAUCAGACACACAGGAAACUAAGAAUGAGCCUAUCAAUAUUACCUGGGAACCCAGUAGCUGGAUUAAUUCAUUCUCACAAUCCAAAGGAGAUUCACAAUCAACUCCAUGGAACAGCACACCAUCGACCCCAAGACUAGGCAACUCAAGCCAAAACCUCACAUUAUCUCUAAGCGACCUACUCAGUGGAAAUAUUAACAAAAACACAGAAUCAACUGAAAACAAACCCAAACCUGAAACCAAUACCGAAACCAGCACCAACAAGCUACAUGUCAAAAAUGCCCCUUCGCUCUCGGGAGAUACUCUGAUAGACACGGGGGAUAUUGAUCCCACAAAUAGCGCGUCCAAUCAACUUGUAACCACCAAAAGGCGUGCGGCAGAGACAGGAGUCGACAAGAUUACCAUCAGCUUUGCUACCUUAUUGGAUCUGGACUAUGGAGAAUGCGAUAAACACAAUGCCAUUAAAGUUGAUAUAUCCCUGACCGAUCUAAUUCUUGGCGAACAAAGCAAAGUGACUCAAAAGCUGCUUGCAUCCUUAGCGAGUGGCGAAACGUCUUCAAGCACACCAUUUACGUACGAGACCCGACCAGAUACCCAAGAUGCCUACUUUGAAUUAGAUCCAGCUCCGAACAAUACGCCUUCUUUUCUUCAGCCCUCGCUUUUAGAUGAGCCCAUUGUCGAGGAUUUUGUAGGAUUUGGAGUAGUGAAAUCCAUAUCUCCCAUAGUCUCUACCAAGAAGAAUGUCUUUCUCAGCCAAGAAUCUGACUCUGCCUCUAGUCAUUCAAAGCUUAAUCCAAAGGCAUCUGAGUUUUCUUUCUCAUUUGGUACCAAUAAAAACAACAAGUCGUCAGAGUUUGACAGUCCAGCCAACAAUAGUACAUCUCAAUCCGAUGCAGACGAAACUUUUUGUGAUCAAUCCGACACGUUUUAUUUUACUUCAGGAUCUCCCUUGACGGCCACCGAAACAGAAAUCACCUACAAUAUUGAUUCGUCAAAGUUCAACAUGGAAAAUUUUACACCACUCUCAAAAAUGUCCAGAUCUGACACAGAUCCACGCGAAUCAAGCGUGGAUGCAUCCGAAUCUGACUACGCUGGCCUGGAUACCAGUACAAAUACCAAUGACUCUAUGUGGAAUCCUCGCAACCUCGCUAAAAAAUCAUCACUAGUCAACUCAAAUACCCAGGAUCUAGUUACCGAGACCCUACUGUCCGCAAACACAACAAAGUUUAAUGUCAAUGCCUCAGAAUUUAAACUAAAUACGCCAUUAUUUGAUUUUGAUAUACCAAAGCACAGCAAAAACAUGUCGGAACUUAAUGCUAUAGCCUCAGCUUUUAAUGUCAAUGUAUCUGAAUUCAAGCCUGUCAAGGAAGAAUACAACAUCUUCACACAAUUCAAGUUCGAUGCUCCAAAAUUUGAUAUGGGUUUCCCUAAAUUCAGAGUUGAUGCCCCAGAGUUCAAGGUGGGUGCUCCAGAGUUCAAGGUGGGUGCUCCAGAGUUCAAGGUGGAUGUCCCAGAGUUCAAGGUGGAUGCUCCAGAGUUCAAUCUGAAUGCCCCAGAGUUCAAUCUGAAGGCCCCAGAGUUCAAAGUGGAUGCUUCUGAAUUCAAGUUGGAUGCUCCAGAAUUUAAGGUUGAUACCCCAGAGUUCAAAGUGACUACGCUAAAAUUCAAUAUGGAUACUCCAGAAUUGAAGGUGAAUGCACCAGAGCUCAAAUUAGAUGCACCAGAGUUCAAAAUAGAUACAACAGAGUUCAGUGUGGAUGCGCCAGAGUUUACUAUCAAUACAACAGAGUUUAGUGUGGAUGCGCCAGAGUUUACGAUUAAUACAACAGAGUUUAGUGUGGAUGCGCCAGAGUUUACGAUUAAUGCAACAGAGUUUAGUGUGGAUGCGCCAGAGUUUACGAUUAAUACAACAGAGCUUAAUGUUGACGCGCCAAAAUCUACAACCAAUCCAACAUUAAGCACCAACGGAGAUAAUAUUGAAUCCGACAAGGUUUCCAAAGAAUUCAACGUAAAUGCCUCGGAACUCAAUACAAAUGCACCAGAGUUUAACGUGUGUGGUUUCGGGCUCAACGUAGAUAUAGCUCCAUUUGAUCCAGUUUCAAACACGGCAGCCGAUCGAUUUUCUGGACCUGGAAUAUUCUCACCCACAGCCAAAGACCCUUAUGAUUUCUCACCCGAAGAAUACUAUGAUCCUAGUUAUCUUACGAACGCCCCUAAAAAUGUCCAAGACACUAACGACCAAAAUAACCAUAAUCACAACGACAAUAACGAAAAUUACCACCAUCAAACACCUCACUCAUCAAUGGCAACCCCUGAAUUCUCCCCUACCGCAACUUCCCAUAAAACCACCUGGGAUAAUAAGCCUUUUGCUUGGGAAAACUAA